AUGAAAUAUGUAUUUAUUCUUUUAGUAAUUGCAACAUUAUCAAAAGCAAAAGUUUUAUCAAACUCUCCUUGUUUUCCAAAUUAUCAUAUUGAAAAUUUAAAAAAUGUACAGGAUAAGAAUGGACUUGGUUUGUUAUCUCCUGACAUGAAAAUAGUUCAUGACUGUUAUCAAGAUGUUCCUAAUCAAGAAAUGAAUGUUAUGGGUAAUUCUUCACAUACUAAAUGUUAUGUUUCUACUAAAAUGUUUUUUGAACUUUUUCACAAUAAAAAAAUUCCACGUUGUGGUCAAUGUUUAGAACUUCAUAGUGUAAGUCUUAAAACAACUCAUUGUAUUAUUUCUGGUUCAUUUGAAAUAACUAACCCUAUAAAUAAAUAUAUCAAAUAUACAGAUAAAACUAUUGUUGUUGACCCUGCUUUAUUUAUGAUGUUAUCUGGUUUUUAUAAAGAAACUGCUACUGAUGUUUUACCUGCAUCAAUUAAAUUUGUUGACUGUUUGUAUAAAACAUAUCCAGCUGCUGUAUUAACAAAAGUUGAUAAUAACAUAACUGAAUUAGUUUUAUUUAAUACUAAUGUGAUUGUUGAAAGUUUACUUUUUAAGCAGUCAUAUUAUUACGCUGAUACUACAACAACAAAAUUUACUUUAUCAACUCCAACUAAAAAUGGUCAAAUUGAUACUGAUAAAGUAUAUCAAAUAAAAUUAUUCAACUUUAUUGGUACUUCAAUUUUUAUUAAUAUUAAAUUUAUACCUAACAUUAUAUUUAUCUCUUCUACUCCAUUUCCAAUAACUUAUAAUGAAUCAACUUCUUUGUGCUCUUUUAAUCCUCAAACAAAUAUAAUUCUUAAAGAUGGAAGUAUGGGAGAUGUUUCUGAAGAUAUUGCUGAUGAUGAUUUCUUCUCAUGGGAAAUUGGAUAUCAACCAACGGGUGACCCAUUACCUCAUAUUCCAUUAAAAAAGGAUGACCCAUCGUUUAUUUUUGAGAACGACACCGUUGGUUAUUCAAUUAAAUAUCCAGUGCCUAUUAGAAUUAGUGAACAUUAUCACUACGUUACUUUAAUUACUGAGAGUGAUAAUCCUAUCAAUUUAACUUAUCCAAAAAUUUAUUCUUCACAUGGAUAUGAUUUAAAUAAUCUAGAAUCAUUCUCUUGUGGUAGUUUAGCAUUUAAAUAUAGUAUAACUAAACAACCAACAAAUAGAUACAGAUUAGAGUUUCGAAUCAAUUUAAUAUUAUCAAAAUGCCAUGGCUUUUCUAACUUCUAUAUCCUUAGGUUUAAAACUAUAGUUGGAACAAAAAUGACUAUUGUAGAAAAUUAUUGGACCAAUAGAAAUGCUUUGAAUUAUACAGUUUGUAAUAAUUCAUUUGAGUGUGAGAUUGGAGAUGAAUGUGAUCCAACCGAAUCAAAUUUAAAGCCUUUGUCAGACCAAGUACCAAAGAAUUAUACAAAAGGGUGUGCUCCAUUUUGUGGAGUUUGUGCAUUCGGAUAUUCAUGUAAUCAAGCCGCAAAGUGUGUUAAAAAUUCGGUCCAUAAUACAAGGAGUGGAUGUUUAAGUAUCGUCAUUGGUCUUUCUACAAUUCUUUUAAUGUUAAUCUGA